GAAAGUUACAUUCACCCUGGAGGGCACUCGUAUGCUGGGCUUGGUGCAAUACACACCAGAGAUUCUUCUUCUUCAUAAAAUGCGCAAAUUAAUCAUUAGAUGAGGUUAUUACCAACCCCCGAUUUGGAAACUGAGUUGUCUCCAAUACGUUUGCAAUGCGUUAUGACGUUUAGUCUACUUUAAAAAAAAAAAAAAAAUGAAGCGGACCUAAGGCAAGGAUUCAGCCUAAGCAGUGACAUAAAAAGAACGUCGGUUGGAAUCCAUAACCUUAUUGGCUUUAGAAUGGGAAUAUUAUUGGUCAAAAAAGACUGAACAGAUCGACAGCUUUUAGUGUGAACAUUUUAACGCUUUCUAGUCCUCUAUGUGGAUUGAUAUUUUUUCAGCAUUCCCUCAGACGAUGGAUGUUUGCCAUUGCAGCUCAGUAGAGGGUGUGAGAUCUUUCUAAGAGCACCCGGCUAGAACGAGCACAGUCUCUGGGUAACCUCUUUGUGAUUCAAAAUCACGAAAGGAAAGCAGUGGAAACAAAUGCAAUGAAGACACCGAAAGGUGUGAGGAAUGCGUUUUUUUUGCAGUGGCAGUGUGAUCAGCACUAAAUCUCCAGCGUCGGGUGUGAAUUCAGCACCGAGGGGAAAAGAACAGCACCCACUGCUACCGCAGCACGACGAGAAAAUCACGGAUUUAUAAAAUUUGCAAGGUCAGUCAUUACCGAACAAAAGCCCCAAAAAUGUUUCGGCUGCUAUUGCGGUUUGCUGUUUUCAAUUAUUUUCAUACGAGCAAAAGGAUUCAGUCGAUCUGAGGCACUCUAUAUGGUCAUUUUAAAGCUGGACGUCUGGACAUAACGGGCUAGAUGAGCAUGGAUAUUAUAACAGACUGUCGUAUUUUCUUUUAGACCCGUUGGUCUAUCUUUUUUUUUUUGAUAAACUGGACUAAAAACAUUAAUUAAACAGCUCGUUUUCAUGUCUUGAAAUCGGGGAUGAAUUGUUUGUAUUGAAAAUGCUGCUUUGGAUUGUCUUGCUGAAGGCGGCUCUUUGUGUUGCUAUUGGAAAUGUUACAAGGGACAUUUGUAAGGAGCAGAUCUGCUCCUGCAAUGAGAUUGAAGGCGAUUUGCACAUUGACUGCGAAAAAAGGAGCUUCACUAAUCUGCACCAUUUGACUGGUCCCAGUUCCCAGUUUUAUCACUUGCUAUUGCAUGGAAAUUCUUUAUCCAGGCUUUUUCCCAAUGAGUUUGCUAACUUCUACAAUGCCGUAAGCUUGCAUUUGGAAAACAACGGUUUGCAUGACAUUGUCCCUGGAGCUUUUCUGGGACUGCAGCUCGUGAAAAGGCUACACAUAAAUAAUAACAAGAUACGGUCAUUUAGGAAGAGCACCUUUCUUGGUUUAGAUGACUUGGAAUAUCUUCAGGCUGAUUUUAAUCUAUUGAGAGACAUUGACCCGGCCGUGUUCAGGGACUUAAAUAAACUUGAAGUGUUAAUUCUAAACGAUAACCUCAUCAGUGCACUACCUAUAAAUGUGUUUCAACAUGUUCCCAUCACCCACCUCGACCUGCGAGGGAACCGAAUCAAAACGGUGCCUUAUGAGGGAGUUCUCGAACAAAUACCGGGCAUUGCGGAGGUUUUAUUGGAGGAUAACCCCUGGGACUGCAACUGCGACCUGGUUUCCCUGAAGGAAUGGCUGGAGAAUAUACCGCAGAACGCGCUUAUCGGCCGGGUGAUCUGCGAGGCUCCAACGCCACUGCAAGGGAACGACUUGAACGAGACAUCAGAGAUGGUUCUGUGUCCUUCAUUAAAAAGUGAUGCUGACGAGAGUUUAGUUGCACCUCCUACCCAAGACGAGACCUCCGAACCAGGGCCCGUUCCAACGCCUUAUAAAGCGAGUGGUGAUCCUGGGUCCCCAACCCCUGGGAAUGGGCAAAAGGGACGCUCUAAAUCGCACUGGCAGUUGAAAACGAAGCCCACAUCCAUGACAGGUGUGAAUGGGGAGAGAGAGCAGCUGCAGAUUGUGCAGAACGCAUCAUGUCCCGUGCCAUGCAGCUGCAAGCUCAUUGGAUCCAGGCAGGGGUUAGGGGUUAACUGCGAGGGCAAGAAGAUAGAGAGCUUGGCUAACCUAAAACCCAAACCCCUCACUGCACACGAAUUAAACAUGAGAGAUAACAACAUCCAUGCUAUAAAAAAGAACCAUCUCAAUGGCUAUUCAAGUCUGAAUCUCCUUGAUUUGGGGGGAAACAACAUCAAAGUGAUAGACAACAGUACUUUUCAAAACCUUACCGAAUUAAGAUGGUUGUACAUGGAUAAGAAUUACCUGGAUACACUCAUUAUGGAAAUGUUCAUUGGACUUCAAAAUCUGGAAUAUCUCAGUUUGGAAUAUAAUGACAUACAGCUGAUAGUGGCAGGCACAUUCAGCCCUCUGCCUAAUCUGCGAGUGCUUUUCCUCAACAAUAACUUGCUGAAAGCGCUACCUGUGGAUGCUUUCCUUGGAGUGUCUUUAUCAAAGAUUAGCCUGCAUAAUAAUUAUUUCACAUAUCUCCCUGUUGUAGGGGUUUUAGAUCAGCUCAAUUCGAUCAUACAAAUUGAUUUGCAUGGGAACCCUUGGGAUUGCUCGUGUAAUAUUGUCCCUUUCAAACAGUGGACAGAGAAACUGGGGGCAGAUGUGAUCGUUAGUGAUCUCAAGUGUGAGUCCCCAGAAGAGUUCUGGAAAAGGGAUUUCCGUCACGUCAGAAAUGAUCUGAUGUGUCCCAAGCUGUAUGACAAAAUCUACCCCACCUCUCUCUCCAAAAACAGCACUUUCACCGCAGACACGGGUACGCGCUCGAACUCCUAUGUGGAGCCGAACAGGGUAUCCAUCUCUGUACUAGUCCCUGGGCUGCUACUGGUAUUUGUUACGUCUGCGUUCACUGUUGUAGGGAUGCUUGUCUUCAUCUUGCGGAAUCGCAAGAGAUCAAAGCGGAGGGAUGGUAAUUCCUCUGCGUCAGAGAUCAAUUCCUUGCAGACAGUGUGCGACUCAUCUUAUUGGCAUAGCGGGCCUUACCAUGCGGACGGGGGCGCGCAAAGAGGGUUCGACUGUAGCGACCAUUUCUCCACAACAAAUGAUGCGUAAAACGACUACUGACAAUAAAACCCGGAAUAAAAACAGACAGACAAAUGUACUGCGUUCUGUUGACAUAAUGGCAAUUGAAGAAAAAUAAACAAAUGCUGUGCUACUAAGCUUCUUCAUUUGCUAUUUGUCGGAGAUAGACCAUGUUUUGUUUUCUCCAGUUGACUGUAGUGCCAAUGAGUCUGCAACAGAACCAACUGUAAUAUAUGUAUAGCCCCCCUCCGGCCCCCUCCCUCCCAGUACAGCUAUUUGCCGCAAUCAGACUGAGGAUCUGAGAGAGAAGAAUCGGGAAAUGCUGCACGAGCGCAUGAAUGUAAUGUAAAUAACUGACUGUAUCAUAUCUGCAUGAUUUCGCACGGUUUCAACACACACUGGGGAACCAUAUCAUAAUUAACGAAGAAGGCAACUCGACCCUUCUUUCAUGUUAUCAAUAUGAUAUAUAUAUAUAUAUAUAUACAUAUAAAACUAUAUAUGAAUAUAUACAAAGUGCCAUUUCUCUAUUUUUUGUGAACUGCGGUUAUAGGAUUUGUAUUUGUUGUUUUAAAACUGAUAAAAAACGGAAAAAGGACACAUUGGGACGAAAAAUAAGCUAAACGCUGUCCAUGCAUGUUCUUUUUUGUUACUUUUAUCAUUUGAUUGUCGAUACAUAUCGGGGUUAUUUAUAAUUGGUGCAGACCUCAUCAUAUCUGCACAUUCAUCUCUUUAUGAAUGUAUAAUGUGUUAUUUUAUGGUGUGCCAAUUGUUGAAUUUCAGAUAUUCGGGAUGCGGAUGAGCAUGACCAAUUAACGUCACUCAGAUGGUUAUGCUGCAAGGUUAAUGUAGCUAAAAACAGUUCGUGGUUUUGUGUGUUAAUGACUAUAGCCUGCUUUGGGGGAGAGGAGAAGGCUUUACCGAAUUAUACGAUGGGGGGUUUUCUAACUGCAUAUUUUUUCAAAAUUAAAAUGUUUUCAAUGGAAGUAAUGGUAUGUGCAGUUCGAUCUAUGUACAGAGCGCAGGUAGACUAGAAUGCUUUUUUAUGUAAAAAGUAUUCCUC